AUGUUGAAGUCAUUGGCAUUAUUCAUUCUCAUCUUGUGCACCACUCUUGUUGUAACUCACUCCCGAGUUAUUCAAGCAAGCGGUACCAAUAUUGUACAACAAAUUUGUAGUAAGACUCCAAAUCCUGCACUAUGCAUUCAAUACCUAAAUGCUGAUCCAAAAAGCUCCACCUCAGAUGUGAAAGGGUUAGCACAAAUCAUGUUCAAUGUACUAAAGAGCAAAGCAAGCAUUGCCAUAGACAAAAUCAUUAAGCUUACUAUCACUAUUCCUCCAAAACAAAAGGAAGCACUUCUGUAUUGUAGUAUUGAUUACACUUCAGUUUUGAUUGAAGCUUCUCAAGGAACUCAAGCUUUGCAAAAUGGGGACCCAUCAUUUGCAGUAGAUAAUGCAAAUUAUGUUACUUCUGAAGCCAAUGGUUGUGAGAAUGGCUUUUCUGGAAAAUCACCACUCACAGUUGAAAACAACUUAAUGCGUGAUGCAUCUACCAUAACAUCGGCUAUUUGUAAAUUAUUGCUCUAA